UAAAAGAUUUGAUGUAAUAAAUAAUUUUUGCGAUUAUUUAUAAGAGUUUCGCGGGCAAAUGGCGGAUCAAUAUUUCACCCCCACGCGGAUCUGAGCGGCAUCCCCAAUUACCAAAGAUUUAUACAAAGUAAUUUGAGUUUUGUGAGUAAAAAAUAUAUUUUAAUUUUUUCCUUUUUUUCUUAAUAAAUUUAAAUAUUUUUUUUAUAUUUUUUGAGCAUAUAAUAUAUAUUGAGUUUUUAAAAGGAAAGUUUUAAAAUGCCUAAAAGCCUACAUGGAAGAUCGUAUAAAGAAUGAAACAAAUAGUGAUAAUUGAGAAAUACAACAUAAAAUAUUGUUGUAUAUAAUAAAAAAGUUAAAACUUUAAUUAUUCUAAACAAUUAUUUUUUUUUUAUUCAUACAUUUUAUAAAAAUAAUACAUUGUCUUCAAAUUUUGCUUGUACUCGUAUCUAUAUCUCUUUUGUAACGGAUUGAAUUUUCAUUUUCAAUCGUACGUAUAAGAAGAAAAAGAAUAAUGUUCGUUUAAGUUAAUUUUAUUAGAAUUGUGUAUUUUAAUCGAAAUAUCAAGUGUUACUACGCGAAAGGAGAAAAGAUAACAACAUCACCCUUUCGAAAUCAAACGUGAGAAAAUUGAUAAAUUAUUUUAGCAUAACACUUAAAUUUUCUUUAUGGAUAUUGAAAUACUUCGUUGUUUAGACAUCAUUUUAAUAUAAUUAUAAUGUGUAUACGAAGAUGCCGGAAAAACAGCAAUCAGUGUACUUUCAAAGAAGAAAAUCGUUGAUAUUGAAUUUUCAUAAAAUUGAUUAUAAUAUUUUAUAUUUAAUACAAAAUAAAACAUUUAGCAAGUUUACACAAUAACUUGAUGCUAUUAAGCAUUCUAAUUAUAUGUUAUUGUAUGAAAAAAACAAUGCUACAUAUAUCAGGUGCUGCGCCAAAAUACUACCUCUGCUGUGUGUACAAAGUUAUAAAAUUGAUUGUUUUAGAAGUAAAAUAAAAAUAUUAGACAUAUAUAUGUAAAAAUAUAUAUAUAUAUACAUCUAAUAUAUACAUAUAUAAAAAUUUAAAUAUAAAUGGAGAAAUAUAUUCUGAUUUAUAAGUAUUUAUAUAUGACUAUAUAGCAAAUGAAACUAGAAAUUCUUCCCUAAUCUAUGUUCUCUGAUUUGAUAAUUAUAAUCUACAAACAAUAUGACAAGAGAACACUUUAUAAUGAUAUUACUCUACUGACAAAUGUAUAAAAAUAAAAAAAAAAUCUAUAUAUUAAUAGCUCAAAGAAAAUAGUUAUUAGGUAAAUAAAAAUGAGCAUACCAUAUGAUGAAAACUUGGUAUGGAUAGUAGUGGUUGGAUUCUUAGUGGCCUUUAUUUUGGCAUUUGGAAUCGGAGCAAAUGAUGUCGCAAAUAGUUUUGGAACAAGUGUUGGUGCAGGAGUACUUACGAUAUUUCAAGCUUGUAUUUUAGCAACUAUCUUUGAAAUUGCUGGGGCUGUACUCAUUGGCUAUAAGGUUUCUGAUACUAUGAGGAAAGGCAUAUUAGAUGUGACAUUAUAUGAAGGCCAAGAAAAAGAAUUAAUGGUAGGAGCAUUAUCUAGUUUAGCUGGAUCUGGUAUCUGGUUAAUACUAGCAACUGCUUUGCGAUUACCUAUUUCUGGAACACAUUCCAUUGUUGGUGCUACAGUUGGUUUUUCACUUGUCUGUAAAGGUACUGCAGGGGUCAAAUGGAUAGCUCUUGCAAAUAUAGCAGCUUCUUGGUUUGCAAGUCCUGUACUUAGUGGAAUUGUAUCAGGUGCUAUAUUUUGGGUUCUAAGAAAAUCAGUAUUUGAAUCUAAUAAACCUUUAGAACAAGGUCUUUAUAUUCUCCCAUUAGCAUAUGGACUCACUGUUGCUAUUAAUAUUAUGUCAGUAGUACAUGAUGGACCUAAACUUUUGAUGUUAGAUCAAGUGCCAUGGUGGGGUAGUUUACUUGCUGCAUUAGGUUUUGGUUCAUUUUCAGCUAUCAUUGUUUAUUUAUUUGUUGUACCAUGGCAAAGAAAAACAAUAUUACUUUCAUUAAGUAGCAACGAAAAAACAACAACUAAAUUUGGUACCUGUGAUAAAAAAGAAACAACAGCAUUAUCUGUUAUUUCUGAAGCCCCAUGUAGUAGUAGUAGUAAUGGUAAUGCAAAAGAAGUAGCGCCAAAAUUACGAGGCAAUAGCAGUGCAAGUCCUCUCUUAAUGGUAGCAGGAUCAGAUACUGAGGGUGCUCAAAUUGAAACUGAAAAGAAAAACGAAGAACCACCAGAAAUAUCUAAACUUUUUGCAUUUUUGCAAGUAUUAACUGCAGCAUUUGGCAGUUUUGCUCAUGGUGGUAAUGAUGUCAGCAAUGCAAUUGGUCCACUUAUUGCACUUUGGGCUGUAUAUGCAGAAGGAUCAGCUAGACAAGAAGCAGAAACUCCAUUGCUUAUAUUACUUUAUGGUGGUUUAGGCAUAUCAACUGGUCUUUGGGUGUGGGGACGCAGGGUGAUACAAACUUUAGGACAAGAUUUAGCACGUAUUACACCAACUACUGGAUUUACUAUAGAGCUAGGAGCAGCAGUAACAGUUUUGUUGGCAAGUAAGGCUGGUUUACCUGUGUCAACAACUCAUUGCAAAGUCGGAUCUGUUGUCUGUGUAGGAUGGGCUUCACAUGGUGGUGAGGGAGUUUCAUGGAAAUUAUUUCGUAAUAUUGCAUUUGCAUGGUUAAUUACUGUACCAGUGGCUGGCUGCUUGUCUGCAGGAUGUAUGGCUAUUUUUAAGGAAAUAAUUAGUUUGUGACUCUUCAUUAUCAGAACAACUAAUCCAUUUUAGUGAAAACCAUCCAAUGCUACUGUUGUCAAUAAUUUAUGCAAAAAUAAACGAUCAAAUAUAAUUUGA